GAAGUGCUUGAGAUACAUCAUAACAGUGUCAGUGCAGUGUUUAUGGGGGAAAUUGUCGCUGUCUCUCGCUUGUGGAAGGUGACAUAAUGGGAUUUCUUCCCUUUGUCCUGGUGACAGGAUGAUGAGCACUGUCUGGGCUCCAGUUCGGCGGGCUUUGCCAUUCAGGCAUCCGGCGCAGCUGACAAGCCCGAGGAUCGAUGGAGAAGAAUCAGUAUUUCAAGCAUGCAAAAUGUGUAGGAGAAUAUGGACCCAAAGACGGAGCACAGAGACAAAUAGAGGAAUGGAAAAUUUUGCCUACAACCAUGAUGUUCUCAAGGAACUUGGUAAAGACUCUCAAAGUAAGCAAUUGAAGAGGCCAUGUGGAGACACAGUGAGGACAGCCAGACCCAAACUGUUCAAGCUACCCCCGCUCAGAUAUCACAUACAUGAGUGAAGGACUUGCUCUAGAAGAAACCACAUGGAGAAGAAUGGAGGUCCCAGACAGUGGCCUUUUGUUUUGUGUGGGGAAUACCCAUCUUCAGCUAUUUGAGCCACCCAGCUGAGGCCACAGACUUUGUGGGACAGAGAAAAACAGUCCCUAGUUGUGCCCUGACUAAAUUUCAGACUUCCAGAGUCACAAGCAUAAUACAAUAAUUGUUGUUUUACACCCCCAUAUUUUGGGGUGGUUUGUUACACACCAAUAGAUACCUGGGAUAGUAUGUAUUGGAAGCUCUUGGCACAUGAUAAAUUAGUUCCCAGCACAGAAUAUAGCAUUUUAAGAAUUCCCUUCUAAGUAAGCAGCCAAAGUGUUUCUUUGUAUAGAAUUUAGAGGUUGCCAUGUUUUGUACCAACUGUCUAGGCUUAGACCAGGGAUUGUGCCUGACCCUCAGAAGGUUGGCCUGCAUCCUAGGAGAUGGCUUGGUUAGGAGCUCUGGGAGAAAGUUAUGGGCCAGAGGCUGGGAAGCAAUGCAAACUUUAAGAAGGAGAAGCCAUGAGGAGGAAGAUGAGAUGACAAGAUCACCUUCCAGUUCUCUGUGAGCUGGGGAGUCUGGGUGUGAUGGGCGUUGUAAUUUGAAUGAUGUUCUAGUAUUCUUUCUUCCCUGUGAACACCAACA